AUGGAAGUCGAAGAGUGGAAGGCUUCCAUCUUUGGCUUGCCUGGUUGCUCUGUCUCGGAACUGCUCAAGUUUCUGCGGUCAAAGAUUGGGGCGCUGUCGGCCCAGGUGGAUAUGAAGGGCAACAAGGCCUUUCUCACCAUCGCCUCGUCGAAGCAGGCUAAUGCGCUGAAGCGGGUUGAUGGAAUGUCGUUCAAGCGCUCCAAGCUGUCGGUGCGCGUGACUGGCCCAUCGGGCGGCGGCAACUCGAGCAUGGAGAUGGAAGGCUCGUCGAGCCGAGUUGGCAAGGGCUCAAAGUCCAAGAUGCCGUUCAAGAAGAGCUACAACGCCAACGAGAUCUCUGCGCUGGAGAGCGCGCUUGCGGCGCGGUACGAUGCGGGCAGCCAGUGCCUGCAGCUUGACGCGCUGCAUCAGGUUGGCAACGCGCGGACCUUUGCGCCGCACUUUGGCAACAAGGUCUUUGUCGACCUCCUCCUCGACUGCCUCCGGCGCAAUGUGCCGGAUCUGGCGAUGCUCUCGCUCCAGCACAACUACAUCAAGGACCUGCGCCUGUUUGCAGGGCUUGGCAAGGCUGUUCCGGGGCUCAAGGCGCUCUCACUGGCGUCCAACGCCGUGUCGUCGUUCAAGGACCUGGACGCGCUCGCGCUGCCGGGCCUCUGCAUCUUUGAGCUCGGAGACAAUCCGGUGACCCGCAACAUCGAUCCAGUCGAGUACCAGUGGCAAGUUCUCCGCCGCUUUCCGGACGUUGUCACCCUCGACGGCGCGCCAACCGAGGCCACUGUCCGCUUCCCGCUCCCCGACGACGUGCUGGCGUCGGUCCAGGCCUCGCCGGGCCUCCCUGCCACUGGCUCGUACGCCGAGGAUGGCGGCCCGGGCGAGCUUGUCCAGGCCUUCCUCUCCAAGUUUCUGGCCGUCUACGACUCGCCGGACCGGACUGGCCUUCUUGACGCAUACCAUCCGACCGAGUCAUACUUUUCACUCACCGCUGAGGGCGACAUCGACGACGUCACCACCGAUGCCUUUGCCAAGAAGAAGGAUCGCCGUCCGCGACGCGGGCGCAAGAAGGGCAAGGACGACGUGGCGGACCCAAGCCUCGUCGACUACUACCCGCUCUCGCGUAACUUGCUUGCUGUCACCACCGUGACUGAGCGCAUGAAGCGAGUCGCAUGCGGCAACAUUGACGUCAUCAACGCCAUCACCCACCUCCGCGCCACCGCUCACGACACCUCGUCGGCCGUGGCCGACCAGGUCGUCGCCUACGCCGGCUCGGUCCCGGUCAUCAUUGUCUCGCUCCAUGGCGUCGUAUGCGAGACCGCAGACGGCAUCGUCCGCCCCUUUGACCGCAUCCUUACCCUCACCCAAGCCGAGCCCGAAUCGCUCGCCGCCGCCGCAGGCUGGCCGCUCUACGUCAUCAACGACAUGCUCCGCGUCCGCAAGGCCAUCACCAACGACCGCCAGGCCGACACCGUCCUCCGCGCCCUCUCGCCCGGACCUUCUGGCCCCAGCGACGCGCCGAGCCUUAACCCCGACCAGAUGUCGCUCGUCCGCGAGCUCUCCCUCCAGUUCAACUUCAACUUUGAGUUUGCCUCGGCCGUCCUCGAUGCCAACGGUUGGAUGCCCGACGCCACCCUCGCUGCCCUUCAGGAAAUGGACGCCCGUGGUGCCAUCCCAGCCAAUGCCUACAACUAG